AUGACUGCAACAAGGAGCCGUGCGCACCUGCAGGAGGGUGAGACACAACCUGCAGGCGACAUGCAGGCUGAACCACGCUCAUUGGUGGACCAAAUUGCGAACAUGACUGCAGAGGAACGACAGGAACUGCAGAGGUUACUCACCAAUGAGACGCAGGCGCGUAGCCGCCAGACCACACCAGAACGACGCGACGAAGGGGCUCGACGCCCGGAGUACCAAAGGCUCCUACCAAAGGUGAAGACCCCGACGUGGGACGACCUCACCCUAGGGGGAUGCUCUACCUGGUUCUACCAGCUGGAGGACACCCUACAGAAUACCUUCCUGGAGAUUCCAGACGAAGCAAAGGUAGUCUGGGCCAGGCAAGGAUGGAAGGCCAAAUCGAACCUUAUGAUCGAAUGGCAUAACCAAGCGGAGGCUGGCCAGACAAUGCCCCGGACCUGGGAAGGAUUCAAGGAAUGGUGCCGAGACCAAAUCGAACACCCUACCAACCGAGGCAUUAAUGCCAUCCUUAGGUUCGAUAAAGCAAGACAGCGACCCCAGCAAGACGUCAAGUCCUUCUUUAAUUAUAUCGAGGGUCUGCGCAACGAUCACGGAGCGGAUCUGCCCGAGGAGUACCUAGUGCCUUCGACCAUUGGAAAGCUUCUCCCGGACCUGCAACAUGAAAUCCAACGACUCCAGAGCAAGCCAGGAUCCAUGGAAGAGCUAAAAGCCGAAGCCUAUAGGCUGGAAGCGGUGCUCCGGAAGAAGGACCAAGAUAAAGGGAACAGGGCUAUGAGGGAUAUGCCUAAGCCAAUAUACCAAGGGUCUCGCGAUAACAAGCGCCGCCAAAACCAGGAUAGAGACCCGGCGACGACACAACUAAAUAAGAAACGCAAGAGUGCAUUCAACUAUAUUACCCCUGAGGGAAAGGGGAACGCCGCUUCAAGGAGAAGCUCUGCCUGGGCUGUGGCAAGAAGGAGCACAUGGCAAAGGAUUGCCCAGAUAGAGCAAGGCUCCUAG